UCUUUUUCUUUUUUUAAUUUUUAAUUCAAGGCUGGAUCAUUUUAAUAAAGUAUGCAUGAUUAUCCUCAUAUAUUGUCAGAUGUCUAUAAACAGACAAUCCUUUUGUGCUCCGGCCUUACAUAUCCUCAUAUCAUAACCUGUAACAUACUUUCGCAAGAAUUUGUAGCAAUGGCAUCGGCGCAAUUGGGUGAGAAAGAAAAGGCAGUGAUGGAAGAGGGAAUGAAAGACGCAAAAAAUUUCAUUAUGACGAACAACAUCAGCAAUAAUCAGAUUCAAGCAAUGGCAGUGGUCUCCAUAAGAAGCAGUUUCGGACAACGAAUGAGGUCGUACAGAAACCAUAGUUGGAUUGGGACUUUUAUGGCGAGGCUUCCUGAGUUCAUCAACGGAGGUGAUGGGGCUGUGUUUGCGCACAAGGGCUCUAAGGCGGCGCUGUUGUAUGGUCUCGACCUUGAUGCAUCUCCUCUUGCUCUUGGAUGGAUACUGGCUUGGUCCAAACCCGACACCCCUGGUGAGCCUAAUCGGGUGUAUGUGCAAGGUGGGCUACUAGAGAGGCUCUUGAAGACGGAUUGGAGUGAAAUUGAACAAAAACUCGAUAAGUCGAGCGACUAUAGUCAGCACUGGGACACUGAAUCAGGUGCAACAUUAACUGCUCGUAUCUCGGACGAUAGCGAGAAGGUGGCUAUUGUCAAUUCAACCUUCAGUAUCAACAGCCCAGGGGGACCAUAAGUUUCCCUAUUGCCUAUAAUCAAGAAGUAUACUUCUUACUUCAAAACAUAUUAUGUAUAAUAUAUAAUAUUCCGAAUAACACAAAAGACUUGGUGUACUAAGUUGUGAAAAAAAAAAAUGUACGUAUGUCCCUCGCAUUGCUUGGCUUGGCUUUGCUAUAAACUGGACAUUCAUUAUCUUAAUUAAAAUUUAUGAUAAAUCCUUAUGAUGAUUUUAAGAGUAUA